CGGGACUUUCCGCUGGGGACGCGCGCGCGGGGGCGAGGAUGGCCCGGCUUCCUGUCCUCGCCCUGGCGCAGCACCCGGGAGCCAUGCGGGGUGCGCAGGCAGCCCCACUCAGGCUGCUGGCGCUGGUGGCGGCGCUGCUCCCCGGGAUCCGGGCCCAGGGCGGUGCCGGGCCGCUGCGGUGCUUCCGAGUGGGACCCGAGGGAAACCUGAACUGCACCUGGGAACCUUCUGGGGACCCCGGAGACCCUAUCGUGCUGCACCUCCAAAGCCAGAAGUACCACUUCAACAGGACCCAGAGGGUACAGGUGCCCGCAGGGCGGAGCUGGGAGAUGGUUUCCCGAAAGGCGCUCACUUUGGGGGACCAGCUGCUGGUCUGGGGGACACAAGGGCACCGCCCCCUCUGGGUGCCAAUCUUCGUGGACCUGGAGACACAAGUGAAGCCCGACGCCCCAUGGCUGUUCCCCACCGUGGACUUCUCAGAGGACGCCCCCCUGGAGGCCACCGUGCAUUGGCAGCCACCCAGAUGGCCACCCCUCAAAGCCCUGACCUGUCAGUUCUACUACCAGAGGUCCACAGAGCCAGGCUGGCUCCCGCUGGAGCCGGAAGUGCAGACCUCGCCGCUGAGCCCGCUGGAGCUGCAGGAGCUGGAGCUCGCCUCGGCCUACAGCGUGCGGGGCCGCUGCACGGCGGACCCCGAGGGAGACCUGUGGGGCGCGUGGAGCCCCGAGCUCUCCUUCCAGACGCCGCCGGCUGCCCCUCAGGACGUGUGGAUCGCAGGGAACCCGUGCGGGGCCCCAGGCAGCCGAGCCGCCUGGCUGGUGUGGAAGGCCCCAGGCCCCAGGGUGCAGGUGAGCUACCAGGUGUGGUUCGGGGCCGGAGAGAAGACACUGGUGCAGGAGCGGGUGCCCUGCUGUUCUUGCCUGGUGCCCCCCUGGGCCAGGCAGGCCAGGGUGUCUGCUGAAGGUGGCGUCCCCUGGGUGCCUGCCACCAACCUCUCCCUGGUCUGCUUGGACUCCGAACCGCAGGCCGUGGAGGUCCACAGCGUCCCCAGGAGCCCCAGGCUGCUGCUGAGCUGGCAACGUGGGGCCCAGGAGCCUUGGGAGUAUGUGGUGGCCUGGACCGCCGAUGGAGGGGCCCCUGAGGACAUCAGCUGGACCCGGCUGCCCCCAGAGACCUGCAGUGCACCGCUGUCAGGCAACUUCACACCAGGGGUCCCCUACGGCAUCACGGUGACGGCGGUCUUUCCUGAGGGCCUGGCGCCUGCUCCCUUGAUCUGGGGCUUCGGGGAGGAGUUAGCUCCUGUGGAAGGCCCGGUGGUUUGGCGGCUCCCAGAUAAGCCCCGAGGGACCCCCGCAGUGGCCUGGGGAGAGGUCACAAGACAGCAGCUACGUGGCCACCUCACCCACUACACCUGGUGCACUCGGAGUGGCCCCAGACCCCCGGUCUGUGCAAAUGUGAGCAGCAGCACCCGGAUGGUCACUCUGCCCGGCCUGCCCCCGGGGCCCUGCAAGCUAUGGGUGACAGCGGCCACCAUGGCGGGACAGGGCCCACCUGGCCCCAGCCUCCAGUUCUACCUGCCGGGGAAUGCUGGGAACUGGCAAGUGCUGACCGGAGUCCUGUGCAUGUGGCCACUGCUCCUGUUGUGCUGCUGCCUAGGCCUGGCCACCUCUGGGAGGUGCCUCCACCUAAAGCACAAGGUGCUACCGCGGUGGGUGCUGGAAAAGGUUCCUGAUCCGGCCAACAGCCAUUCCAGCUGCCUGCACAUGGAGGUGCCCCAGCCCCACCCCCAGCCCCAGCCCCUCGGGGACACACCCAUCCUGGAGGUGGAAGAGAUGGAGCCUCAGCCACCUCAAGAGCCGCCCCCGGCCUCCGUCCCGCUGCACUCCGGGUAUGAGAAGCACUUCAUGCCCACACCAGAGGAGCUGGGCCUUCUGGGGCUGUCCGGUUCCCGCGUGCUGGCCUGAGCCCUGCCCAGGCCAGAACAUGGGUUGAGGGUACUCACACAGGCCGUGGCCUCCCCGGGGCGGCCAGCCUGACAGACAGACAGACACAGACCCAGAGAGGCUGCAGCCCUGCCUGAGGACACCGGGUCAGGAAGGGCAGAGCCAGGCCAGCCUCCGAGUGGAAUUCAAGGGGCGAGGGGGGCCUCCAAAAUCUGUCCUGCUGGAACAGAACCCAGAACGCGUCUGGGUGCAGUCCCCUGCCACCCUGCAGCUGGAUCAGCCAUGGACUGAGUCUUUCUUGAGAUGGAAUGUGGACACAGGUGACCUGGGCCAGUGUCAGGAGCGGGUGGCCCCGAGACGCUGGGUGGAGACCCUGCCACACUCCUCCUGUGAGCGGAAACCUGCUUGUGAGCCUGCUCUGUACCCGCGGGGGGCAGGCAAUGCAAAGGGACUGGACCCUAAGUAACUAUGCCAGAGCCUGGACCCCGAGUGGCCACAUCAGUCAGCGCCACCACAGCCCUGUCUCCGUGUUACCACAGAUUUUGUCAGUGACCAAA